AUGGCGCCCAAGCGACGACCGCGAGAAAGCUCUUCCGAAUCAGAUACCUCCGCGUCCGACACUCCUUCGCCACCUCCCAAAGCGACCAAAGCAUCAUCCGGGAAACGUCAACGAUCGUCUCCGUUUGAUCCGGAGCCGGCAUGGGCGCAGAAGGACACGGCGGGCGCGGUGACUCCGGGGAGGGUGCGCGAGCUGCGCAAGGGGCUGCGGCGGAAGGGGCCUGUGGUGUACUGGAUGUCGCGAGAUCAACGGUCCAAAGACAACUGGGCUCUCAUCUACGCCGUUCAAAAGGUGCAACUGUGCUCGACUGAAUUUACCCCUUUCCGUCCUCCCCUGCCCGCUCUUCUUCAUUCACACCAGGCGCGGGAACGAGGAGAAGCGGUGGCGGUGGUGUUUAACCUGGUGGAUUCGUUCCUGGGCGCAAAUGCGCGGCACUUCGCGUUCAUGCUGCGCGGGCUGAGGGAGGUGCAGCCCGCCCUUGCCGCCCUUGGCAUCCCCUUCUUCCUCUUCCAGGUGGGGCUGACGGGCGUGCAUGAGGUGGACGCCCACAACGUGGUUCCCAUCUGGGCGGCAUCAGACAAGCUAGAGUACGCCGCCCGCACCCUCCGCACCAAAAUACACCGGAAAUUGCCGGAGUACUUGGUGGAGUACCCCCGGUUGGAGCCGGGGUGCGCUGUGGAGUGGACAGGGGAGAAGCCGUCGCCUGUGGACUGGGACUCGUUAAUAGCUGCUGUGAUCAGGGCUGGCCCAGAGGUACCAGAGGUGGACUGGAUAGUUCCAGGAGAGGCAGCAGCAGCAGCAGGGCUACAGACAUUUCUGGAGAAGAGGCUGAGGGGGUACGACAGCGGGCGCAACGACCCCUCCAAGGGCCCCACCACGCUGUCAGGGCUCUCCCCCUGGCUGCACUACGGGCAAAUCGCUCCCCAGCGGUGUGCUCUGGAGGCAAGGAAGCUGAGGAAGCAGCACAGCAAGUCAGUGGACGCGUUUCUAGAGGAGCUGGUGGUGCGCAGGGAGUUGGCGGAUAACUUCUGCUUCCACCAGCCGCAGUAUGACUUGCUGGGGGGCGCGUGGGAGUGGGCGCAACAAUCCCUGGAGGCACACCGAGGCGACAAGAGAGAGUUUGUAUACACGGCAGCACAGUGGGAAGCAGCCAAGACUCACGACCAGUUGUGGAAUGCGGCUCAGCUGGAGCUGGUUCACUACGGCAAGAUGCACGGUUUCAUGCGCAUGUACUGGGCAAAGAAGAUUCUGGAGUGGUCUGAGUCGCCAGAGGAAGCCCUCAGAAUAGCGAUCGAGCAGAAUGACAAGUAUUCAUUGGACGGUCGCGAUCCCAACGGCUAUGUUGGCUGCAUGUGGUCCAUUGCGGGGGUGCAUGACCAG